CGCAUAAGAAUGUAAAAAAAAGUUUGCGUGUUUUCGAAAAAAAUAGAGAAAAAAGGAAUGUGACGUCACGGAUAGGGAUGACGAAAAAACAGUUAAACAGUGCAACGAAACAGGAUUAUUGAUAUACAAGUGAUUAAUACACCGAGGAAAAAAAAAGGAAAAAAAAAAAUGUCGAAUGAGCAAAAAAACAAACAAGUCCCUGAAACGGAACACCAAGAGCCGCGUCAUGGAAAUUCAAGUGGAAUUUUAGAUUACCAAGAAAUAAAUAAUUCAGAACGCGACGCAAUGAAGGGGGACACGGUCGGCGAAACUCUAUACAGCGCCAAAUGGAUAUUAAACUCUCUCCUAUCGCUUUCCAAAGUAUACGAGGAAGGCUGGAACGAGUCAAUAGAAAAUGAAUUAUGCACGCUGUGGGACAUGACGGCUGAAAAAGAUGUAGUUGAAUUUUUACUGGACCAGGAAUUUUUUAAGAUGGCAGAGUUCACCUUGAAAAUUUCGGAAGAGCCAAGACUCACGGAAAUAAUUGUCGGGAUCGUUGGAAAUAUGUGCUGUCAAGCAAAGUCCCUUCAAGUCCUACUUAAUUCGGAAGAGUUGGUUUCGUUGAUCUUGUCUCUCGUAACAUCUGACGAUAAGGAGACGUUAAUCCAAGUAUUAAGGAUAUUACAAGCCGCAUUGUGGGACGUGCAGAAAAAUCCCGAGUCCCUUUGGUUGAAAAAAAUUCAAGAGUGUGAAAUAAUCGGCGAGGCGAUAACUUUUAUUUUAAAAAGUUCAACGAGUGACGAACUUUUGACACCUACGAUCGACCUAGUGUAUUUAAUUUCUCAAAUAGAGCUGCCAAGUAAUGAUUUAUUGGAACGUUUAUUUAACAUUGAUCAAUUGGUGUUUGCUCUUUGUGAAUCGAUCACAGAAUUAAUUAGUCAAGAAAAACAUUGUCACUCUGAGGCUCAACUUAAGAACAUCGAAAGCUGGUUUAAUAUAUUAUUCAACAUUAUGGAGUUGAAUUUAUUAAAAUUAUCGGAGAGUGCGGAUGACGAAAACUUCAACAAAAUCAAUAACGUGCUAAUCAAAAUAUUAGAACCAUACGAGGAAUCGAGUAAUUUAAUGUUACUGGAUGAACAGAGUUUGUUGUGCAUACAUCGGUGCAUAAAAUUGACAUCGUCUUUUCAAACGAACGAAAUGUUUCCACCAGCGGAAUUGAUUCACAGUAUACUCAAAGUCACGAUCAAUCUCAAAAGAGCUUCGUCAGAGCAAGAUUGCAAAGAUACCAACGAUUUCAAAGAUCUGUACCUGUAUGCUGCAAGAUAUUGGAAAGAAACGUUGGAAAAUAUUAAUAAACAAGAAAUUCUAAAAAUACUGCGGCUCUGCCAACCAAAAACUGUGAAAGAUAUUGAAACAGUAACAACUAUCACAGAGUCGUCUUUGCACUCAAUUGAUAAGUUUUUGGAAGCAAAAUCUAUGUUGUCUUCUAUUGAAGAUAAUACACAAUUAGAGUUAUAACUUGUAAAAAUAAGUCUCGAGAUAAUAUAGAUUUUUCGUAAAAAAAAAAAAAAAAAAAAAAAAAAAUCAAUUCGUUAUUUCACGGACAAAAAGCAAUUGAUUGAAUUUUGUUUUCGAAACAUCUUCCGAAAAAUGAAUCAAUAUUAUUCCACUCGCACGCACGUUAGAAAAUA